CCGGCUUCAUUUAGAUGUGACACUCUGUAACUAGUGCUAAAGCUACACAUCGCAGCGCAGUAAAAUCACAGUAAAUUACUUUACUAAAAGUUUAUUUCACACAGAAGACAUGAAGCCCGCUGUGGAUGAGAUGUUUCCUGAAGGAGCAGGUCCGUAUGUGGACCUGGAUGAGGCAGGGGGAAGCAGUGGACUAUUGAUGGACCUGGCAGCCAAUGAGAAAGCCGUGCACUCAGACUUCUUUAAUGAAUUUGAAGAUCUCUUUGAUGACGAAGACCUCCAGUGAUGAAGAUUUGUUAAUAUUUGAUUUAAAAUAGUUCUCUGUUAUGCUCCAUGUUAUGUCCACUUUAUUAUGACUUUAUUUGUAUUGUUAUAUACUCUUUAAGUUCUGGUCAUCAAUAAAACACGUGUUAAAAAAA